GUCAAAACAAACAGGGAAGUGAAUCCGAUUGCACAGUGGAGAGGAAUCAAUAUCAGGGUAGUGCUGCUAUUCAACAGGUGAAAUUCGGUUGAUGAUAACAUCUCUGAUACGAAGCGGGAGAUGAUGCAAGAUGGCCAUACUCGGCCCGACGAGAACCAUGCUGGCUGAUCCUUUCGGAGUAUGGCAGCAGCUACUGUAUCUUUCGCGAAUUCUUCUACAGGGGUGGAUCCGAGGCUUUGGGAGAUGUAUGCCCUCUUCCUGAUUGCAGCCUCGAAUGGUUUGUACAGUUUCCACUCGGGCAUCUUGUCGUAGUUAGCUGCCGCGGAGUUUCCCGAUGUUCGACCUGAUGGCUCCUGGAACUACAUUUGAUCACGUCCGAUUCCCAGCGGCUUCAGUUCCAGCCUGCAUUUUCCACAGACGAAGUAGCGAAAUCAGGUGUAAUUCCCGCCUUAAAUUCUGCCGGACUCCGAGCAAAGCCAUCGGAAUCACAGAAGCCAAAUAUACUCUGUUACCGGCCGGGGAAAAUGACGGCAAUUCCCACCAGCGGAGAGUCCCCGGCUUCCCAUUUCCACUCCUCUCAGUACAAAAUCCCUUAACCAAUCUUCCCAAUUUCGCAGCAAAUUCCUCGUCUAAAGAGAAACUUCUCACCGACAUCACGCUGAAACCCUGAAAUGGACUCCGUCGGGGUAGAAGUAGUUCUGAUCACCGGAUGCUCGCAGGGAGGCAUCGGCCACGCCCUGGCCAAACAGUUCGCCGCCAAAAACUGCCUGGUCGUCGCCACGAGCAGGUCCUUGAGCUCGAUGCGAGACUUGCAGCAGGACGCCAGAUUCGAUCUCCAGGAGCUCGACGUUUCCUCCGAGGAGAGCGUGCAGCGGGUGGUGGCAAGCGUCAUCGAGAAGUACGGGAGAGUUGAUGUUCUCGUCAACAACGCCGGCGUCGUCCAGUGCGUCGGUCCUAUUGCCGAAGUCCCUCUGUCUGCCAUGGAGAACACCAUCAAUACCAAUGUUUAUGGUUGGAAGUGAAGCCACUGGGGAUCGAUGUGAUAAAUGUGGCUCCGGGAUCUAUUCAGUCGAACCUAUUGCCCUCGGCUGAGGUUAGCUGUGCUUCUGAGUGGAAACUGUACAAGCCAUUCGAGCCAGCAAUUCGACGCUUUCUCUCCCAAGGCAGAGUAGGCACUCCUGCUGAAAAAUUUGCCAAGCAUACUGUUGCUGCCAUCCUCAAGAAGCACCCCCCCUGCUUGGUUCUCUUCAGGCAAAGUUCUCGACCAUCAUCGCCAUCGCGUACCAUUUGCCACUUCGCGUCAAGGUUCUGUUCGUGCAAUCUUUUGUCAAACCCUGAAAAAAGAGUUUCUAAUUCCCUUCAUUUUGUUCGCUGGGGAAGGAUCGGUCUUGCUGUGCAGCUUCUUGUACAGAUGUUCAGAUUUACCACAUCUGUAAUUGUUGUAGCAGAACAAUUAGACUUUUUCUCCCCCUCCCAUUCUCAGUUCUGUUCAAUGGCCAGGGAAGCCAGAAAUUACUUGUUUUGCACGACAUGGGAAAAGAGGGAUUAAGAAUAAUAGGAAAAAAAAUGUUGAUGUUCUUUCUUAGCAAGUGUAUGGUCAGUGUUUAUGUUUGUUUAUGAACUCUGAAAAUGGUGAUUUCAAAAUGAUGCAAAGUCCUUUCAAUUUGAAUAUAAUUUACCAUAGCACAAUCCUCACUCAACUAUGAUUACUUACAAAACGGGUUGGGUCGGGUUUUGGGAUUGGUUAGUUGGCAUUUUCAUAUUAAAUUUAGGUGACAUUUGUCGUAUUAAAUGCAGGUGAUAUAAGACGGCGGUGUGACUAUUUUUUACGCAAAAUAUAUGGAUAUACCGGCAAAAAGAAUUAAUUUCAUUUCAAAAUAAAUUACUAGGUAGAAUUCAAAAUAUAGCUCCAAAUCAAGGUUGUCAACCCGCGAGUCGACCUACUUUGACCCUGACCCGGUGAGAAAAAAGGGUCGCACGCACCCGCCGGGUCGACCGCUACAGCCUACAAGGUAUCGAGUUGGAGGUCAAAUUGUGUAAUUUUUUCUUCGGUUUGCGAAAUGUGCCUAUUUUCGGAUUUUUCUUUUCGCCUAACUCAAUCUUUAGAAACCUUAAUUGAACAUUUGAACAUUGAUGUCAUAUAAAUGUAUGUGUAUUUUCACUAUAUGUUGGAUAUAAUAUAAGUACGACAUGUUACUUUGGUGUAAUGUUAUAUGUUAUUACUCAUAUUUUAGAUGAGUUUUGAUAUAAUUUAUCAAGAUAAGUACAAUAUAAUGACUCUUUCCACAUUUCCGGGUUAAAACGGGUGACCCGUUAACCCUUGAUCCACUAGCUCGACCGGGUGCGGAUCAACCCGCGGGUUGACAACCUUGCUCCAAACCCACGAACUACCAGAUUAGUGAAAUAUUUACAAAAUUCAUUUGGAAUUCUAUCUGAAUUUUUUUAAAAUGGUGUAACUACAAUCUUGCAGAGUUUAAAAUUUAGAGUGAGAAAUGAAUUCGGUUAAAUUCCACAGAUAAAAUUUUCAUUUCAAAGAAAUUCCUCAAAAAAACUAUAAAAUUUCAUUUUAUAAUUUUUUUUUAUGAAUUCCCUUUUAUUCUAAAAGGUAUGCUAGUAAAUUCAUAAUGACCUGUAUAUUAAAAUAAUAAAAUUUAAAUGUUAGU